CGCUUCUUCGCUUAGACUUCCCAUACAAAUAUUGAUUCUUUUUUAAUAAAAGAGACGUUUACCUGUCGACCAAGUUGGUAGGUCUGCUAUGUCUACAGCAUUCGAGGAGAGGAAAAUUCGCAUCAUUACAGAGCUUGAAGUCCCUGAAGAGGAGUACAAUGACCUCUCACCGAAGGGAUCCAUUGAUAUAGGAAUAAGGGAGCUACUUGGAGAGAUCAACGCUAUAAAGACACUGGUGACGACAAGCAGUUGUGCUGGACGUGUCAGCAUUUACGUCGAAGGCAAGAAGCGUCAAGUAGAUGCUGCCAACUCAAAUGAGCAGGCAGUUAAGAUUAUAUCCAGUUCCGGUGGCAAAGGCGGCGGGCGCUGGUUAUUUGUGAGCCAUGAUCCCAUUGCCGAAACUACGUCCCUGUGCCAGUUGUUCGGAUUAUCAAUGAAACAGGGAAUAAGACUUUCUGACCUCACCAAUGAUACCCCUCUCAUACAUAUGAAGUUUGAAGCUAUGAUACUGCAUAUGCUCACUGCCUCGUUGGAAGAUGCGAGCAAGGUUCUCACAGCCGCAAGUAGUGCUGGCUUUAGAGAGAGUGGCGCGAUGGGGUUUUCGGCCAACAAGGACGGCUCGAUCACGCCCAUGGUCGCGGUGCGUUCGAAUGGCCUCGGGCUUGAUUCAGUGAUAGGCUACAUCGACGAGAAUGGCGAUCCUGUCUGCAUCGUUUCCGAAGACCACUUGCGGUUGCUCACCAGGAUCGCAAAUGAUCGGUUUAGAGUCAACAGCGAGCGGAUUUCGAGAUUUCGAAAAGAGGUGCUCGAUACGUAUUCAGCGCAUCCUGCGUCUGCCAAGUCUCAACGCGAGGAUGCAGAAGCCCGGAGAGCUCGCAAACGAGCGGAGGGGCUUGCAAGGCAAGCAGAGCAACGUGUCAAACAGGAAGCCAAGUAUUCUUCUUCCGACGGCAUGGAUCUGAAUUUUCCUGGUUAGAACCAGCAAGGACCGUACGAGGCCUACAAAUGCUUCGACGUCAUGAGCUAGACUUUCACUGCUAGCUUGGAGAAGAGAUGGUAUGUUCGUAACAAGCAAUUUAACACCAGAUCUCCCACAAAAGGGAGUUCGCCUUCUUGAAAAUAAGAAGUGCAUUGUGGUCUCACGCCUGAGAGAUAUUGUAGCAAUUUCUCGACUCGAUCAGAAAUUUCUCAUCGCCUAUCCGGACGAUCCUACUGCAUAGAACAUUGCAGGAAGGAAACAUGGCGAAUUGCAACUACGCACACCACUCUCUUUUCCAAAGCCACACUGCUCCACCCAGCAUACCUAUUUCCCCAAUCUCUCUUUCUGUUGCCCAUAAUCCGUACAAUCCAAACGGCGUGUUGCUCAAAUACCAGCUCCAGCUUGUAGGAUGGUGCUUGUACGACUUCCUACCUCUUAUAUAACCAUGGCUAUCCGUGGUCACCGAGAUGUCAAACUCACCCACGCCAUCUAUCCCACUUGCAGCACUGAAGAAUCCCCCUCCAGCAGUGAGCGGGCCAUGGGUUGUGAACCUGAUACCAGUCAUCGGCGCAUCCAACAAGGUGGCGAUUGCCCCCAUUGGAAAAGGGUCAUUAUACGUGUACAUGCCUACCCACUCACCGCUAUCUAAAUACUCUGGCGACGACUGGAUUGAUCUCUGACGUUGUAUCCACCUCCUCCAGGAGCUCAGUGACUCUGAGAUGGGCAAAAAAGGCACGGGAAUAUCUGUAGGAGAUAGCGCCAGGGGAAUUUUGGAGAUGCUGGGGAUAUUUACGUGCGUAGAAUGCCGGGGGCCCGCCGACAGAUAUUGGCUUGGCAGGUCGGGAUUCUUUGUGUGGUCGGGAAAAGCGCAAGCUAACAAGGUGGCCAUCUUGCCAACGCCGACUAAAUUGUCGUCGUGGAAGCGCUGGACGUAGGUUGCUGUCUGACGGCGAAUGCCAUUCGCGAGGUUGUCAUAUGUAUAGAAAGUGAUUGCGUUGUGAUCGUGGAGCUGCUCGUCUAAUGAUGAAGACGAGGGUAUGAAGGGGGCGAUCCUAAGUAAUC